AUGGGAAAUUUAAGUGGUGUGAGCUGGAAGAUUCUAUUGAAAUGGAAAAUUAAAGUUCCGCGGGAGGAAAAAUUUAUCCAAUCUACUAAAAACAUAAAAAUUGUCACUUUAUCAUCUCUGAAACUUCAACAUAUCGCAAGUCAUUGUGCUAUGAGAAGGAAUCAAAGGGUCGAUACGAGGCGACCCUUUCCUUUGUUCUAUUCUAUUCAUGGAAACAAUCAUAUAGCAAUAUCCUCGAAGAACAAUAAAUUGAUUGCAAUUUAA